AUGACCGAACAAGAAAACUCUGUGCAUACCAGCCAUCCAGAGCCAGGAAUCACAGUCAUCACCAUCGACAGGAAGCAUCGCCGAAAUGCUGUCGACGCCGCGACGGCCCGUAAGCUGUACGACGCCGUCAUAGCUUUCGAAGAAGAUGCAGAUCAAAAGGUAUCAUCAAAGUUGAAAGAUCACUCCGUCUCGUUGCUCAUAUCAUUGAACAGAUCGCCGUCCUGCACGGCGACAAUGGCACUUUCUGCGCUGGGUUUGAUCUCCACACUGUAGGGAAAGAUGACCGGGACAGGCAUUACGAUGGGAGUAGCGUUCAUAGGACCAUAGGCCCGAUGGGGCCUUCUAGACUGCAGGUGAAGAAGCCACUGCUUAGUGCAGUAUCUGGAUACGCCGUAGCCGGGGGACUGGAACUCUCGUUGCUAGGCGACAUGCGCAUUGUGGAAGAGGAUGCCGUCUUCGGGGUUUUCUGCCGACGGUGGGGCGUAAGUCUUUUCGUUCUUGGAACAUUGUCCCUUGAUCCGCUGACGAGCUCAGGUACCGCUGAUUGAUGGAGGCACGGUCCGUCUGCAAGCCGUCGUCGGCCUCGGACGAGCUCUGGACAUGAUCCUGACGGGCCGAGCGGUUGGGUCUCAGGAAGCAUUGGCGAUGGGAUUAGCCAACCGUGUUGUCCCGAAGGGCAGAGCACUCGAAGAGGCCGUUGCAAUCGCCCGACAGCUGCGUGACUUCCCGCAGCUGUGCAUGAAUCUGGAUCGUUCGUCGUGCUAUUACGCGCGCUACGACGCGUCUUCAUUCGAGGACGCCAUGAGGUUCGAAUUCGAGCAUGGCAUUGAGGCUGUCCAGAGAGAGGGCGAAGCGGGAGCGAAGAGAUUCAGCCGGGGAAGUGGAAGGCAUGGCGCUUUUACCGAGAAGUUGUGA